AUGGGUCAUUCUCAAAAGUCUGAAGCAACUGAGCACGACGUUGCGGCUUCUCUCAGUCGCUCUACAGCAGGCAAAACUCUUUAUAGCAACGUGGAUAUCUCGUCUGUAUCUCAGGAAGGUAACAUGGCUCUAGAGGCUCGUCUCAUGUUGUAUUUUAGUGCCCAUGCCGUCUCGGAUGACGAGCUCGAGCUAAUUGCCGCAUUCCUGGCUACAUCUCGUGCUUGUCAGCGCGUUUUAACACAUAAGCUUUUAUUUAGUCCGAAAAUUGUGAGUUUUUCUAGACUGCUGCAGUUUUUUCUACGUGUUAUAAUGGCAGCACACGCGCGUUCGCACAUUAUUUACCAAGAACAUGAACUAGCACAAGAGACGACAGUCAACUGCUCGUACUUGCAAAAUACAAUGGAGAGCUGCGUGAAUUUGGAAAAGAAAGAGAGUUCGGUCGGAUCUAAUGAAGUUCACAUAAGCUUUAAGCUGCCUGAGAACUUUCACAAGUGUCUAGCAAGUCAGUACGGCAGUGUGAAGCGUCUCAAAUGUGAAGAAGUAUGGCACGGAGACCACAUGGCUUAUCGAUGUAAGACGUGCGGUCUAUCGGACUCUAGUUGCAUGUGUUUGGCGUGUUUUGACCCAGACGAGCAUGAAGGACACGAUUAUCGAGUAUAUCGCUGCUCAUCUGGUGGAUGCUGCGAUUGCGGAGACCCACUUGCUUGGAAACCGGAUGGCUUUUGCAAGAAACACAACGCUCAAAAUGGCAAAAAAGAACAGAUUGAGGACAAAUUGAUUACCAUGAAGAUGCACUCGGAGGAGGACGUUGUGAUGCAGAUGCUUGUACGAAAAAGUAUGGAGUUUUGUGUUGAAACGUUGCGUGAAGUACAUGCCUCGUGCUUAAGACCACGUGCAAGAGAAAACGCAGAAUCGUUCUACCCACGCCGGAAGCUGCCCAGAACAGGUUUGCUGCGCACAGCGUUCCCUCCGAUUGUCAAGGCGCACGUGGACAGGUUGCAACAGACGCUUGCAUGGCUGCAGAUGCUUUCGAUGAGUUGUCUGCAUUAUCGCAAUGUGAUAUCGGGUAUGUUCUUUGAAAAGUUACCAGCGAAAUUUCAGCUGGAUGCGGUGUAUACCCAAGGCACCACGAGUGCCUUAAAUUCUUCGAGUCAACAGGUCGAGAAAGGACCAGUGGAAACGGCACCAACGAGUGGUGAAUCAGAUGAUGAGGAAUUGGAGGAAGGCGCACAAAAGCACGGCCAAAUGCUGAUGCUCGACGUAUUUCUGAAGGCAGGGGUGUUAUUACCUGUUGAGACGUGUGAUGUACUUGGCGUUCUAUACCUUAAGCUGUUGUUUGACCAAUCGUUCAAGCAAAUGUACACUUGCUACUUUGUGGAAUGGUACCCGUACUUCAUCGAGCUGUACUUGGCUGCUAGCGACGAAAACAACGAAGAUGGCAUGCGAAACCUGUCACGAUUCAUUGAUCGCCUCUUUUGCCAGCUCUUCCACAGUAAUGCACAAUUGCGUGAACUGGAGACUGUUUUCGCGUCGAUGCGACCUACUUUUAACGCAAAUGAAAGCCAUGGAACCUGUUGUCGCCGACGGCAGCGGCGAAAGCCGCAUUGUAAUGAUGGCACCCCUGCUCAAGAGAGCGACUCGACACCUUCAUCUUGUGUCGAAUGGCUCAUGGUGUUUUUGUUAGAGAAGCUCAACGACUUGUUUCGAAGUACUCUCCGAUUAAUGACGAUUUUGCCUCAGUCUCUCAUCGAUGGGACCCCAAUUUGUAGUAGCAGUAUAAACGGGAGUAGCACAUCUACAGUUGGCAUAGGAACUGUACCAGAGACUCCUCCUGUGUUGCGGGUAGUCCAAACGGUGGACUGCGGACGAAAUGUAUACAAGAAACGAGUUUAUGCCCGAUUAUGCUCAGAUUUACGAACAUUACUGGUACAUCCACAAACCGCGGCGAAGGUAAUAUUGGGGUCUUACCGCUGUAUGAGCGGAGAUGAGUGUGUUCUCAACGAGGCAUCGGUGUAUGCGCAGCUCAUGAAGACCUUUGAGCUGCUUCAGCACAUGGAUCUACAAACUCGUCAUGUUCAUCGACAUGUCGAGUAUGAGUCUCAAAACUGGACAUUUGCUUUUGUAGCAAACUAUGAGCUAAAGCUACUGCUUAGUGCUUUUCUUACGGGUAUUCCUGCCUGCUUUUCCCGUGAGGUGUGGCAGAGUAUAAGAACAGGUGAAAGUAUUUGGAACCAAGGAGCAAUAGGAGUAAUAACGGGUAGUUCAUCGCUCAAUCCAUUAGAAGCGGACACCUUUCGAUCAAUUGCGCUGGCUCGAGCAAUCCUACAGCCCGUGCGAGCACUGCUGGCCGGGUGGGCGAGACGCAAUGGAAGACCUGAAUUCAUAUCUGAUGCGGCAGAGUCAGCUGUAACGUCCGCUGGUCCUGGCGAAGCAGUGAAUAUGACCGAGGGAGCAAUAGUCACUCAGCUUGUGAAGUACUACGAGCAGGGCACAGUAGCGCUUGGUGGCGCAAGUGCAAAGAGCUUUCACUUUCCGCUCCAUCACAUGUAUGCAGCAUUGAUUCAUGCUCUGUGCGGCGUUGCGCGUCCUCAGACUUUAGAUGACUGGUGCGAGUUGCUUGGCAUGGGAUCUACUGAUGCUGAAAAGCGCAAGGACUUGACGUUUUGGUAUAGUGCACUGGAUCAUCCUCUCCGUGUGCUUCUUUUUUCAAGAGAAAUUAAAGCUGGUCUUUGGGUACGAAAUGGUGGAGUGAUGCUGCAACAAUUGGUUCAUUAUCAUUCAAAACAUUGGCGGUACUUUGGUCUUCACUCCGACCUGUUCCUGUGCCAAUUGGGGGCUAGUCUUCUUCCGCACGGGAGUUUUGUCCGUUUCUUGUUUCAGCAGUUGCCGUUUCGAAUCUGUGAUUCGUAUGUGCUUGGACUACGCUCGCCGGCUGUUAUGCAAAGUGGUGACGUUGUUGCCAAAACUGACCAAAGUCGUGAGCUGCGCCUGGAGCUCGAUAUCGUGGAGGAAGCUCUGCGUCUUUUACUUCAGCUUGUGCUGGCGCCUGUUAAAUUGGCAUCGGCAAGCUCGCCCGAAACGGCCGCUGUGUGGCUUCUUGAGCGCGAGAUCAUGCACUGGUUGACACUAGGCCCGUUUACGCGUAGCGAGGUGAUAAUGCGAACAGAUAUGAAGUUGGUGGAGCAGAUUAAGCAACUUCCAGCGCACGAAUGGGCAGAGUUAGAAGAGGAGGAAAUUUUAACGCAUGUGCUGGAGAAUGUCGGUGAAUAUGACGACCCAGUUGGAAAUAGUAGUUGUUUGCGUACAACUCGAAGCGGCAGUGUUCUAGGAUACGGGCUCAAGAUGAGUGGGUCGUGGAAAUUGAAGCCUGAUCUGUGGUCCCAAGUAUCUCCUCUGUUUGAGUGUUUCACGCCAUCUGAAGCACAGCAGUGCGAACAAAAUGUUCGCAAGCAUUUCUGCAAGAUACGUGAUGACGACAAUGUCUCGACAACAUCAGCUGUCCUCCCCAUGCUGCCACGCCCACAACUUGAAGGGGCAUGUAACGUUGACAUGCAUGGUAUGAUUGCCGAAGCGAUGUUGAAUUCGUCGUAUAUGGCCAGCGUUUUAUUUAUUAUUUUUGAGAAUUACAGACGUAACAUUACUGCAGAGCUUCAAAGUGAGCGUGGAGAUUGCGAAGAUCAAGACAGCUCAAGUGUGACCACCGACGAGACUUUGUUGCUUGCAGCACUGCAUUGUCUGUACGUGGCCGUCGAGAUACUACCGAAGGAUAUUCAAAGCAAGCCCUUGCAAACUGCGAGUGUAUAUCAUGAUAUCAGGACUAAUCUGAAUCUGGACGGCAUUGCCGAAUGUUUUGAGGAAGAGAGCAGCUUGUUCGUCAAACUUUGUACCGAGAUACCGCUGGAUCCAGAUGCUCAUUGCAAUGGAAACGAAGCAGAAACUUCUGGGCAUAGUUUAUUGUCGCUGCUGCUAUUCUUUGCUGAACACAAAAGGGGUAUGGAGGACUCGUACUCUGUGCUGGAUGCCCAGUCAAAAGUGCGUAUCAAUGGCUCUAUUUCUGACCGCGUUAGUCAAUGGGACAGCGCCAACACAAACGGCGAUCAAGCAAAAGCUAGUGCAAAAGAGAUGAUGAGACAAAGGCAGCAAUAUGUCUUAGAGAAAAUGCGGUCGCAACAGCUGCAGUUUUUGUCUUGCAACGACGGCAACAUAAUGGUAGACGAGAUCACCGAAAGUAAUUGUUAUGAUACAGAAGCUAACGAUAUGGAAAUGGGUACUAAUAGCGACAACUGUGACGAAGAAUCCGAGUCAGCUGACUAUUGCUCAAAUGAGGGAAAAGCAACGGAGGGAUCAAGAUCGGACACGGCGGCGAAGGCGAAGUACUCGAGUUCCAUGGAUGAUCAUUCGCCUCAGACUGAAGAGUGUAGUCUUUGUCGUUUACCUUGCGACUCUCGUUCCCAUGAAUCGUCUUUUGGUAUUGUAGGUAUGAUUUUGCCGACAAACAUGCCACAGAAAAUCGAAAACGGCUCAUUACUUACCACGAGAUCAGACAUCUGUGCUUUUGUGUCAUCGCGACUACCUUCAUUCCACGUACGUGAACCAGGUACCACCGAUGAAAUGUGCAUGCAGCUCGCGGAAAGCGUCAUUUGGAGCUGCGGCCAUACUAUUCAUCACACGUGCUUAAAAUCGUAUCUAAUGUCGUUGUGGAAGCAAAAGCGUGAUCCCUUGGAAAUGGCAAAUGGUGAAGAUCGCCUUCUUAGCGAGCGUGAUAUGGAGUUUAUGUGUCCGAUUUGUCGCCGACUUUCGAAUUGUCUGGUGCCGUGUGUUUCCCUGGAAGGACUUCGCGAGCAGGCAUUAACAACUGAAUUUACGAAGACAGAAUUUGAAUUGGAAGAAGAAGAGGAAACGAAAGAUGAUGGACAGGAUCCGUUGGAUUUCCUUCAGUGGCUUGAUACCCAGAUGAGUUUUCGUGACGAUUCGCCAGUAGUCAAACGACGUCGCUCUCGGGCGCAGUCGAAUUUACAUUUGAGGCGACGUUUGCUGUCUGGAUCUGCAUCAAAAACAUCCUUAUCCCCGGGGUCACGAUCCUCUGCUGGCUCAACGUCAUCUCGUGGUGAGCAGGAUUUUAAUGAGCAAGACGUGAGCAUAGAGCGUGAGAUUGGCGCCUUCUGUCACGAAAUCUUAUUACGUUCUGUGCGCGCGCAGCUGUACCUACCGACGCUCUUGACAGGAUCAAUACGCGAUGAAGGUAGCUUGGAGUUGGAAAUUCAGCAACUGAGCUCAGAGUGCGGUGCUCAAACUCCAGCGUGGCAAUUACUGUUGCAUUGUUUGGAGGUGCAAUUACGUAUAGCUGCACGUGAGAAAACGUUGUUGCAGACUGAUGCCGUCGAUUCGUUGCAGCUUCGCUCGAUGCGCCAGCUUGCUAACUUAACAGCAGUUGCAGUAGCAUUUUCUACACCAAGUUCAUUGGCAUGGACUGUGGUUGAAGCGCCGACUGAUAAGCAGUUUGAGAGCGUGAUGGCACGGCUUAAUGGUCUGAUAUUUGGCCAGCAAGUGCUUUUUGAAGAAGAUGAUGAUGCAUACACUACCAAGUGGAAUGGUUGCGACCAGCUGCCAACGAGUAAGGUUGAGAACACGACGAAUGCAGCUUUAGUGGGGACGCCUAUAUUGUGUCAUCCGCAAUUACUGACGUGUUUCGCAAUGAGAAUAAUGUGGAGACAGAGCAUAACAACACCCAAUGCUGAUGUGGCAACGGAUCAGCUUCUCACUGAAGCUUUUUUCUCGGCGCGUAUAUUAUUUACAGCCCAGGUGUUGCAGUCACUUGCCUACCUCUCAAUGCAAAAUGACCACCAUUCAUCAAUCAAUAAAGGAAAGAAUAAAGAGGAAGUAAGUGGCAUGAACACCAAAGAGAUUCGUGAAUUUGAGGGAGUGGAGUCGCUUCACGACGCAUCUGCGUGGAUUUCGCUGAUGCUGGCACGGUCUCGCGUGACGGAGAGUAAACUGGUCGUCUCGCGUGGCGUUAAACUCGAAAGGAAUCAAAACGAUGCUGCGAUGGAGGAACAGGUAAGCGUGUUGUGCCUACCAUUGGCUCAGCAAAUGCUUCUACUUAUGGAUGCUGUGCGUCCAAUGCCGCCUCAACACAACAACGAUAGUCAAGGAAAUGUUGUGUCCCAAGCACCUCAAACUGUCGCGGAGUCGUGUGCUGUGUGCGAUGGACUGUUUCCUUCGACACCCACGUCAACCGAGGCACCUUCGGCGUCUAUGUUGCUCGACAAAUGUCUGCAAAGACUUCAUUUACCUCCUCUGAGACUUUUUUUCCACCGUCAAAUGUUCCCGUCAAGUCAGCGCGCGUUGUGCCAGCUCUGGGGCGCUCAGCUCGAAGCAAAGGCUGCCGUUUCUCGACAGCAAGCGCGCUCGCUGACGUUGGUAACUGGUAAUUCUCCUGCUGUAGUCGAUACGUUCCCGUUACAGCGACAAAUGAUGCUGCUUUCGUCUCAAGCUGCCGCCGUGGCCUCUGCUGGAGCAAACUACCGCGUGUUUAUUCCACUGCCACGCGUGUACAUGGAUCUGUUUAUCCGUUACAACGAGAAGCCGACAGGAGUCUGCCGUCAGUGCGCACAGGUGCCCCAGCAUCCAGGAUUGUGCCUCAUUUGUGGUGAAGUGUUGUGCUGUUUUUCGGCAUGCUGCGAGACAAGAGAAGGAGGCGGCGUGGGGGAGUGCACUCAGCAUGCCCAGCAUUGCGGCCUUGGAUUGGGUGCUUUCCUGCUAUUGCGUGCAUGCACCGUGAUCCUUUUUCUUGGGCAACGCGAGGCGUUGUGUAUGGGGAAGUCUAUAUGUGGACAAAAACGGCGAAGAGGAUCCGUAUCUGCGUCGUGGUAA